UUUAUUUUGAAGUAUUUAUAUAAUUUUAAGUGAGUUUUGGCUGCAUGACCUCAAAUUAGACAGUUGUUUAGUAUUGCUGUUUGUAUUAUGAUAUAAAGGAUGAGGACCUUGUUUGAUGUCUUAGUUGUGUUGUAUUUCAUUGUCAUGGCUAUUUCAAUUUCUUGAUGUUGUAUUCUUAGUAGAAUGUCGUGAAGUCUGCUGGCUCCCAAUUUGAUGUUAACCAGCUUGCCGUUCUUUUGCUUGGAAGAAGAAUUUGGACAAGGGAUAAAAAAAUGCAUAUGAUCAGAAACGUUUUAAAAGUAUAAACUUAUGUUUAUGUAAAGAUAAUUAACUAAAAUUGUUAUGAUAGCUAAUAUUUUCAUUCACUGUGUAUUGGUGAGAUUUACUGUCAGUAUUGUGCAGUUUGACUUUUUUUUUUUUUUUACAUAAAGUAUUUGAUGCCCUUCUUAUUUCCUAUAAAUAUGUAAAUUUAAAAUUUACUGUAGAAAUUUAUAAUGCCAUAUAAGCAUCUGAUUGAUCGAAGGGGGGGGAACUGAUAUGUUUGAUUCACCAAAGUAUGAAAUGGAUUUUGGAAACAUUGCAUUUCAACAUUUUCGACUUUUUCCUCGUUCACUGGGCGAAAUAGUAUCAAAGUAUAAUGUACAAGAACUGCACUUUAGUUUAACUCAAGGUCUUUGGCGAUAUGAGAAAUGGGGUUAUCCUGCAAGAAGUGGUCCUCCAGGAGCUGAACUUUGGGCAGUAUUCAAAGGAAAUGUGUCUGAGGUUUCUUCAAAUUGGCAAAAAUUAACAAAUAUUCUCUCAGGACAAUUCUGUGCUUCAUUGAAUUUCAUUGAUGAUACUAAUACUGUCAUACCUAAGCUUUCUUAUAGGCCUGAAGGAGUAAUGCCUUCAGAUCAACUUUUUAAUACAAGCUUUAUCAGAUACUCUGCUUUGCCUCCGGAAAUUGUUUGCACAGAAAAUCUUACUCCAUUUCGCAAGUUACUGCCGUGUGGUGCUGUGGCUGGACUGUCUACACUAUUGAAUGCUUUGAAUAUUUUCAAUGCAAACUUUGUGUCCCUUGCUGUUGAUGUGCGGACAAACUGUAAGGAAGAAACCUGUUCAAAUGCUGCUUUGGAACUUGUUCAGUCUGUUUCUGUUGUAUUUGAUCCACCAAUUGUUCAGCUUGGAAAACAAGAUUGGUCAUUUGUAAAAUUGUUUGGAUCAGUUCUUUCAAAUACGUGUCCUGUUGCUACAAACAGUAAAGUAUUUGUUGACAUUUCUUCUAAUCAGACAGGAGUUCCUUUCGUUUUAAAUACAGAGGUAUCAGAAAUAAUCAGGGAGAAUGUGGAACUUGGACAUGAAUCAUCAUCUAAAGAAGAAACUGUUUUUGCUGUUUACGAUUUAAAAGAAAUCUUUAAACAUUCGAGGCAUGUGAACAUUGGAGCCACAUACAAAGGUGUUCAUAUUUACGGCAUGGUAUUUCCUCCAGUUCUCUAUGUGGAUCGCAAAAUAUCAGGUUAUGGGCAAGAACAAGGUGGCAUUCGCUGUACUUUCUUCAACAAUCAUGUGAAAGCUCUUAAAAUCAUAUAUUUUGAUACAAUACCAUGGUAUUUAAGAGUAUAUAGUCAUACAUUAACUGUGAAAAAUAAUGAUAAAAGCAUUACACCAGAUUUCUUCCAUUAUCAACCUGCUCAAGAUCGUAAACAUCCACACCAUCUAGAGUUAGUUUUAACUCUUCCACCAAAAUCAAAUACUGAAAUGAGUGUUGAUUUCAAUUUUGCAUUUUUGAAGUGGACCGAAUAUCCUCCUGAUGCAAACCAUGGUUUCUAUGCUGGAUCUGCUAUCAUCAGUACAUUGUUAGACUCAAACAGGAAUAUAUCAGGAUUUCCCAUCAAGAAGUUUAUAAGACAAGGAUCUGGUAGAUUUUUGAGGUUCCACACACAAAUCCUACUUGUUUCUUUACCAACUCCUGAUUUUAGUAUGCCAUAUAAUGUCAUUUGCCUAACUUGCACUGUUGUUGCAUUAGCUUUUGGGCCAAUACAUAAUAUUACCACAAAAAGUUUACUUCCUCUUGAUGAAAAUAAAGAUAAUACUUUAGUGAAAAAAUUAAAAAAUAGAAUUAAAAGGUGGUGGAACUCUAAGGACGAUAAACAGUCUCCAGAUGUUCCCAAAGAGGACUCUAAAAUGUCACAGUAAGAUAUAAAAGAUGAAUUUUUCUGUAAAUGUAUUUGUAAAUAUAACUUUCAUGAAUAAUAAAUUUCUAUUUUUUGCAUAUUC